UGUUUAGAACGGGAUGGCGAGAUCAUCUGGUGGUAGAUGAACUGUGUUCUGUAUUAAUGUUGAUUGUGUUAGAAGUACCAUAAUGGAAAUAUCAGAAGUUGUUAAUACUCAACUUGUGUUUCCAGGACUUGUAGUGGGUUUAGUAAUAAUUUGUGCAGUAUUAGUGUUUGUGUUUGGUUUCAAGUCAGUGGAAGACUUUCCAUUUGAUAAACUUGCAACUGUAGCUGAUGACCGGAAACCAGCUGGCAAGAAACGAAAAGUGAAGGACAAGAAAUCCCAAUCAAAUGGGCAAGCAACAGUUGUCUCAGAAACUAAGCAAAAGACUACUGAGCCUGCGAGCACAAAGGUAGCCCCGGUCAAAGCAAAACAAGCUGAUAAGUCACCAGCAAAAGAUGCUCCGAAGACAGUAAGCAAACAAGAAAAGAAGCAGGGAAAGCCUGAAGUUACCCCUGUCAAGGCAGCACUGAAAGAAACCAAGAACAUCAAGGAAACAAACAAAAUUGUUGAGGAAAGCCAGAAGCAAGGAAAGGCUAAAGAUGCUGGAAACAAGCAACAGAAAGAUCAGCAAUCUAACAAGCAAAACAAGAGCAAGGGAAAAGAAAAUGUAGAGGUGCAAAAUAAGAAAAACAAGGAUAAAUCUAAGAAGCAUGAGGAAAAACCGGAAGAUUAUGAAAGCGGAGAGUGGGUCACAGUUUCCAAGAAAGCCCCCAAGACUCCAACCACUGAUGAUGAAAAAGCCGCAGCUAAGACUGCAGCAAAGACUGAAGCCACCAGCCCAGGAAAGAAGAAGAAGGCCAAGCCAGAGCCUGAGGUUGUAGUAGAGAAAGAGAUUCCGGCCCCAGCCCCAGCCCCUGUCACUGCACCUCCUGUGGAGUCUACCAAGGAGAACAAGGAGAAGCCUGCAAAGAAGGAGAAAGAACAGAAGAAAGACAAACCCAAGCCAGUAGAGGAAACUCCAGCUGUGGAGACUGCUGCAAGCGUAGAGUCUGAAGGGGAAGGUAAAGCUGCCAAGAAGAAGAAGAAGAAGCCAGCAGCCAAAGAGGCUGAGACUCAGCCUACAGCAGUUACUGUGGCUGAGGUGAAGAAACCUAUUGAGGAGCCGGCUGUUCCGGAACCUCCCAAACCUGCCAAACCUGCUGAAGAGCCCCAGCCUGCUUUUGAUGAACUAGGAGAUUCCUGGAUAGAACCGAAAAACCAGAAAAAAUCUGCAAAAAAGAAAGUGCGUAAAGCGGAAUGAGGCUGGAGUGCAGAUGGUGGAGUGAGGCAGAACGGCGCCGGUGCAGUCAGCCGGUGAUAGCGGCCGGCGCUCACACCUAGGAGAAUAGUUAUUUUUCUACGGGGAAUGUGAUUUUUGUAUGUGUAAAUAGCUGAGAGAUGAGCCACGCCAAGCAUGGACCGGGCACUCCUCUGGUCUGGUGCUAUAUCCGACCUUUGCCCACGGUUGCGGUCUGCCCCAGGCCACUCAUGUAAUCUUUCUACCUUUUGUGUCAGUUUGUUUCUAUACAAGUCUGUCUUAAAAAAGCUGUUAUCAAGUCUUCUUAUACCUCCACCUUACUUAAAUUAUUAAAAUCAUAAAAUUAUUAGCGUAUAAUUUUAGUAUUGUUAUUACUUAAAUCAGAAAGUUUUAAAUGCUUUUUGACAAAACGGGCAAAGGAGGUUAAUCUUGAUUUUGUACAACAAACCAAAUAAUCUCUAUGAGAUUAGCGACCAAAUGCCUUUCCUCUAUUAGAUAAACAAUCAUUUCUCUCUUUGUUGCUAGAUGAUUUCAUAUACUAAGACUGAUUGAAUGUUAAGUGAUAGUGUGUUGAGGGUAGACCGCACGUCGGCUUUGUGCCAAGCAUUCAUCCGAACCCGACUUAUUUUUAUGCGUAAAAGACAUUAUAUCGUCUACAUGUGAUAAAUAUUUUUACAAAUUCUAAAUCGUGUAUACAGAUUACUGAAUAUCGACUUUCAUCGAGGUUUCGUUUAGGUAGAGUAGGCGACUGUGUUUGUUACGUUUUUGAUUACGGUGUGGUUAUCGAGUCUUCCUGUAAACACAACUUGUGGUUAUUUUUGUGAUGUUAUCUGUUGUUUUAUAUUAUUUUGUUGAAUUUUAUUUCACUGUUGUUUGCAUUUUUGUGUGGAGGUCUACACGGGUUGUGCUAUUGAUUAUUCGUAUCUAUGUUUUAUCAUUGUUUUAGGAUCAUUUUAAUAUUUUAUAUUGCUGUGUAUUUGUUAUUUUAUUGAGAUCUUUAUCAAAUAAUUAAUUACAAACGUUUUGAUUUGGACUGUUGUUAAUUUAGUGUAAUAUUCAUUUUGAAAAGUGUAGUUUUCCAUAUUAGAUUAGAAACGUUUAUAUGUAUUCCAAAAGUCAUAUCGACUCAGUCAUAUUCAGUUUAAUUGAAUUAUUUGUAGUUGUAGGUUAUCAUUAGUUUUGCUCAGUUUAUGGUGUAAUCAUAUUUUAAAACUGAAAGUGUUCUGAUAAAAGUCAAGUGUGAUUCGUAUACAUUUAAAAUAGUGCGAGUUAUUAUUUUUAUUCUCUAUUGAAUGUCUGAAGAGUAAACUUUCUACGCUUUGUAUAUUCUGCUUACUCUUUUAUACUGUUAUUACGUAGGUUUUUUUCAGAAUUAAUUUUUAAAAUGUGAAAUCAAACCGUUAAGGUUAUAACCUACAGUUAUUGUGCAUGAAUAAAAUUAGAUCAGUGUUGUUAAAGUUUAUAAGGGUAACUUAUCUUUUCUUAAAUAACAAUAUUUUGUGAUGUAAUUUAAAUUAUAGAUUUAAACAACUUGCGUCUCCAUAAAAAACAUGUAGACUAAAUGUAUGCCUUUGAAAGUAUAUAUCGUUUGUAAAAUUACAGUAUGGAUGGUUUUUAUAAACUGACAAAUCAAUUCCUUUCCAGUUCACUAAUUCCGUGUUAAAUAAAAAAAACAUAAUUUUGAAUUUAUAUACAUCCAUUGAAACUUUUAUUUUUUACAUUUUCAGUUAUCUGGACUUUAUCUGGAAAUUAUUGUAACAUUCUUAUAUCGUCCGAUUUGCUUUAAUUUAGAGUAAAAUGUUAAAGACUGGAUACAAUAGACAUCACUGUAUAAUACAAAUUGUGAUAGCUGUAACAUAUGCUUAAGUACAGACCAACAUUAUAGACUACAUAUUUUUAUGUCAUAUCCUGUCAUCGUAUCACUAAUGUCUGUUUUUAUAUAAUGUGUUUGAUUGCCAGGAAAAGUAAAACUUUUCUAGAAUAGUAAACAGAAGCAAUACAACUAAUAAAAAAAUACAUCGAUUAACAUUUUCUUAACAAAUUCCAUUGUUGCAAUACAAUAGGGUCUUUGUUUUUCUAAAUUUUUUAUUAUAUUUUGUCCAACUACAGUAAAUGAAACAAAAUGUUUUUAAUUGGUUAUUAAUUGAACUGAUGCAGAGAGCCAUUAAAAAUAUUUGGUUUCGGCUUUAUAAAAAUUUAUAAAGAAGUUAAGUAGCAAAACUUUUUCCGGAUUGAAAACAUGCAAGUUUAGUGUAGAUAUAAUAAGUUAAAUUUCAUGAGGCCAACGCUAAAUAUUUCUAUCUACUUAAAACACAAAUCUGUUUUACUGAAUGAAACAUAAUCAUUUACGCUACAAUCAUUCAUUUGUAUAAAAUCGUAGACAAAUGGCAGGUUUAAGUGUUAUUUGAACAAUAUCUUGGGUUUACAUUUUUGAUAGCAGUGUAAUUAGUGACAUUAUUUUGGUAACAUUCUUGGGUUUUAAACAUUUUUCUAACAUUACAAUGAAAUAGUGGGUUUGUUUAUUUUAUACUUAGUGCUUGUAAUACCCCUAAUUAGAGAUCUUUAUAUUGCAAUAAACUGGAUCCUGCCGUAAGGUGGAAUAGCUUGUAUGUAUUGUAUAUAAAUCACUCUUGUCUAUGCUACAAGAUAAUUAUUUAGUGUUGUGUCAAUUGUGAAGUAUACAAUAAAAACUAUUUAUUUAAUCCGUGGUUAUAUUAUUUACAACAGCUUUAGGUAUCCCAAAACUAAAAUCAAACAUGCAGUGCAUACUUUGGGCUGGAUAUAAUGUUGUAGUGCAAACCAUUUUACCCAUUGUAGUGCAAAAUGCUUUCUACCCUUAUAACUUUACUGGUGCCAUUUUACCAAUAAAGACUUAUCAUCGCAUGUAUAUGCUUGCCUAGACAUUCCCCUUUGAGUUAACCUCGUGGUAUGUACAGUUUAAACAUAAUUAUUUUAUUUACUUUUAAGUUAUCUGUAAAUGGAUUAUUAAGUUAAGUUCCUCAUUUUAAAUUUAGUUUUAACACUAAGCAACUGAAGAAUGUUGGCAUAUCAAAAGUUAUUAACACACAGAAAUAUGAACCGAACGGUUUUUUCUGUUUUAGUUCUUUAGCUUAGUUACUUUUUUUUAUUUUAUUUAUUUAUUUUUAGCACUAGUGUUUGGUUGCAAUGGUCAAAGGGCAAAAUAAAGAUUUAUUUGUAA